AUGCUCACAACCUUCGAUUUUGGUGUCAACAUCGAUGAGGAGGAAUGGGGAGUUCUCCACAACAAAUUGCGCUCGUUUGUGUCUGGCCACGAAAAAAUGCUGAUGGACAUUCAACAAACAUUCAACCGUCGCUGGGACCCAACAGUGUGGGAUGCCCAUUCCGAUACUGUGUUCCUGCAGCUCGGAGCGGAGGCACUGCGACACCUACUCGAGAAGGACCCGCCGGAGGAGGAAGACGACGAAUUUAGCACAUCGAUAGCAGACGUUCUUGGGAGGACGCAGAUACAAAAUCGUCUUUUCUAUCGAAUAACACUGUGCUUCGCAGACCUUGCGCUUAAAAUGGAGUCGCUCACGAAGGAGGCAAACGACCUGUUGCUGCCACCUCUUGCAAUGUUUGACGAUAACAACUGUCGGGAUGGAUGUGCCGAAGAAACUGAAGAUGAAGAAACCGAUGGUAUUACCGAUGAGGAAGCGCUUCGAGGAGCCGGUCGCAUGUUAGGCGUUCUUCAAAAGGUAUGGAGGUGGCUUAGGCGCGUGCAGAAGGUUGUUUGCCACGUGGUGCAGCAACUUGCGUCGCUUUAUUCACCGCAACACAAGUGUGAAAAUUAUCGCUCGUUCUCUCGCGUGCGCUAUUUGCUGAUCUGGCGCAAGCUUGCAGAUCUUCUCGGGGCCGUUGUUUGCGUAGAAGAGGUUUUAUACUCACACGACACACUUCGUUACGGUCUCUCGAUAUAUCGUAAGCUGCUCGCGCAAGUGUCAAGGAACUUGGAGAAAUUCGAAUGCGACGAGGAAAAAUUAGAUCUUUUUUGCCACUUGCUGACAAAAAUCGACAAGGAGUUACUUGAUGACGGAAUACUAAAACGCAUAACCGGACAAGCAUUUGAAACAGGUUUCGUGGCCACUGCUGAUGAACCGCCACUGGUUGUUACAACAAACAAAAGGCUCUACGAAGAGUUCACGGACGUUCUAAUUCAGUUCAUAACCUCUGCUGAAGGGACUAUUGGAACCAUGCGGGGAUAUGAUGAACGUGAGCGCUACGUUGGAGUCCUUGGGCUCUACUAUAUGUACCUCCGCUUGUUCUCUAGUGUGGCCGAAGAGUCGCACCGACGGGACAUUUGUAACCGUAUUUUUGCUUUGUAUCGCAAGAUUCCCAUUGUUUACAUACGUGGAAUGCAUUGCUUUCGUACUGCUCUGUGGUUCAUUCGACGCCUGAAUGCGGAGCUAAAACGAUUUCACCUCGAUGCGGUGAAGGAGAGGACGUUGCUUGUUAAGCAGGAGUGCCAAAACAGCAAGUUAGCAUUUCUUCCGCAGAUGAACCGCUUUACGACACUUGUUAGCGUGUGGCUCGCGGAAAUGGAGAGCACCGCUGCAGCCGCAAACCACUCGCAGCACGGGGAGUUUCUCCAGACAGUUGCGUUGGUGCUGCAGCGGGGUGUUUUUCUGGCACAUAAUGUCCGAAGAUUAAUUGUAUAUCACGUUGCCCUGCAUGACUGCGCAGAUGACGCUCUUUCUGUGCAUGACGUUGAUGGAAUAUCCCAGGGUGUGCAGAUGCUGAUGAUGAUACGGGCUGCGUACCACGAUAAAACAGGAGUAAUUGCCGCUUCGUACAAUGUGUUAGUGGGUCAUAUUAAAUAUGUAAUGGAGCAACAUUUGUACGACAUGUGCCUCGGAAUGAGCAAAAUUCCUCAGCGUAACAGCACUGCAGAAACCAAAGAUCAGUACAGUGCCAUCUGUAUGGCACUUGAUCUGCUGCGUAAACCACAAACACCCGAAAACGUCAUGUGCAUUGACCUUGUACUAAGUGUUGUGUUUCACAGGCAGAAAACAAACGGGACUUCUUCAACAGCUGCCCUAACCGCUGAGCACGGCGGUGGUACUCUUAUCGCCUUCUCGCAACUUGGCCGCAUAGCUUCAUACCAAAAGUCGAUUCAGGAUGCAACUAACUGUGAGUUUUUGUACUGGCAGCGGGAAGUAUUCUUUCCAACCUUCAUCAAGCGGCUCUACCAAAAACCAUUGAACUCCGAGUACAUGCCAUACACGAUACUGGCAAUGCACGAUUGUGUCCCGUCUAUUCUUUCCUCCAGGCACACCAAGAGCGCAAGGUCUCUGCUCGACGCUUAUACUUCUUACACGUGGGGGUGUAUUCGCGAGCACCUUAUCGAGCCGUUGUGUGUUGACAUUGAAAACGACCUCCGUCUGUGUACCCACUCAGUCGUCUUGGGGCAGCCGUUUAGACAAAUUGGGGCCUCGACACGCGCACGAGAUAUGGCACGGUUUACGCGGCUACCCCCGAUCUGUCUUUUCAGUGAGUGGCUACACAUUGCAACCGAAGUGGAGAAGCACUUGGACGAGAAAUUUUAUAAUCUUAAUGCCCUAAUGGCCAAUGAUUGGAAGACAUACGAGGAAAUACGCAACUUGGCGCUCCAGCGGUAUGGAUUGCGGAUAUGUGAUGGAUAUCUUCCGGGUAGUAUAGUUGAUCAGGGACUCGAUGUGCUUGUAAUAACGGAGAACAUACAAGUUUUUGUUGCUAACUACACGUACAACAUGAAUGAACAACUCUUUGUGCAACGACCGUCGACUACAGAGUCGAAACAUCUGCACACCCUGCAUAUUCGCCACAUUGCCAAUUCCAUACGGACACACGGAACUGGUAUUAUGAAUACAACAGUAAACUAUGUUUACAAGUGUCUCUUAAAGAAACUUGCUAUACUUUCACAAUUUCUUUGCGAUGACCACGUUAAGUCGAGGUUACUCAAAAAUGCGAAGCUGCUGCACCACAAGAAGGAGGAGCGAAGCGUCGAGUACACGCUCGCGUGGGCAGAAAAAUUUAUUCGUGAGAUGCAUAAGUUGGGAGUUGCGGAUGACGGUCAAACUUUCCUCUCUAAAUUUCGUCACCUCGUUUCGGAAAUUGGCAACGCCCUAGCUUACAUGAGGAUGAUGCGCAGCGGCGGUCUGCGUGCCGUCGCUGAUUCUGCGGCUUUUGUACCGUUUGUUGAUGCCGACGUUAGUCUGGAGCGGUUCGUUAUCCCUGAAUCCGAUGAAGAAAAUGAAGGCAAUGGUGAUAAUAAGUCGAAUGAUGCUGACGGAAAUUGUGAGAAAGGCAGCGACAGUGGUGAAUGCAGGAAAAGCAGAGAAAAAGUACCGCAGUGUACCACUCAGGCGGUGCAAGUAGUCGAUGGAGUCAUUGGUAGCAUGCGUGAGAAGUUGUCUGAUGGCUCAGCGUACUUCCGCAUGCUUCUGGAGGCAGUGACCAAGCGCUUAAAAGGGGCCGUCAAGUACACUCAUUUGAAAAACUUCUAUCUCAUUGUUCCACCCAUAUGUGUUCUGCACGUUGAAACCAUGAUACGGGAGAAAGAACAACUCGUCAAGAAGAACAAGGACGGUAUAUUUACGGAUGACGGUUUUGCAUUGGGGUGUUCUUUCUUGCUUAAACUUUUUGGUGUGUGGAACCUUUUUGAUUCACUACACUGGUUCGAAAACAUACGGAAGCAUUAUGGGUCCCACCUCCAAGAGGUUCGUGAAGGGAUUGCCAGACACGAACAAAAGAUGAAAGCAAGCAAGAACGCAGCUGUUUGUUGGGAAGAAGAGGUCAACAACAUGCAUCUGACGUCUAUGAUGCUUGAAUGUUCACUGGGUGAGUAUACCGCAUUGGAGGAGGCUUUCGUGUCAAGCAAAGUUUUCUUCUACUUUGCGACGCCGGAGGACGCCAGCGGUGAGCUUCAAGAUGAUGACAAGGACGAAAGUGAAGAAGGUACAGAUGCAGAUGAAGGCUAG